UUUUUCUGGUGUAACAGUUUGUCCUGGACGCCACCAACUCGGUGCCUCAUUUGUUUAUUCCUUGAUAGUACUUUAGAUAUACUUCUCGUUCUCCGCCCAUCAUCCUCACUCUCCUUCUAUCCCUCAAUAUCGUAAUCGAGAUCCUGCAUCUGAGUGUCCCCAAAAUGGCAGCAAUAUCAGGGAAGGUUGUCCAACAUAACCUGGUAGCAAAGUGCUGCCAGCAGGAUAGGGAAUUGAGCACAAAAUACCGAUUGUACUAUUGUACCCUUAGUAGGCGCAACUUGCUCCCCCCUGUAGGAGGGAAGUUGGCAUGGAAUGGCAACUCCACCAUGCAACUGGAUGCCUUAUCAAAAUCUAAGCGAGGAAAUGUUUAUUGCAAUGCUGCCUCGUCGUCCACUGCAAUCCCGUCUGUUGAGAAAAGCAACUUUCUUAAGCUUCAGAAUGGAAGUGAUAUACGUGGAGUAGCUAUUGAUGGAGUUGAGGGGGAACCUCUUACUCUCACAGAGACAGUUACAGAAGCAAUAGCAGCAGGUUUUUCUGGUUGGUUGCUGGCAAAAAAGAAAAAUGUUUCUUCUAAAUGUUUAAGAGUCUCCGUCGGUCAUGACUCACGAAUUUCUGCACAGAAGUUACAGGAUGCAGUUUCUCGAGGACUUGCUAGAGCUGGAGUUGAAGUCAUCCAAUAUGGAUUGGCAUCCACUCCAGCCAUGUUCAAUAGCACCCUUACCGAAAAUGAAGAAUUUUCCUGUCCAGUGGAUGGUUCCAUAAUGAUAACAGCAAGCCAUCUUCCCUACAACAGGAAUGGGUUCAAGUUCUUUACAAGUGCGGGUGGACUUGGGAAGCCCGACAUCAAAGAUAUCUUGGAGCGAGCUGCUGAUAUAUACAAAAAUAUUGCAAAUGAAAAUUCUAAGGGAGCAGAAACAGCUGCUUCUCUCGAUGUGAAAAGAGUGGAUUACAUGUCUGUUUAUGCAUCUAAUCUUGUAGCAGCAGUCCGCAAAGCUGCAGGGAAUAUAGAAAAGCCACUGGAAGGAUUCCAUAUCGUUGUUGAUGCAGGGAAUGGAGCAGGCGGAUUCUUUGUGGGGAAGGUGCUUGAGCCUCUGGGUGCUAUUACUUCUGGCAGUCAGUUCUUGGAGCCAGAUGGUUUGUUUCCCAAUCAUAUACCUAACCCAGAGGAUAAGACAGCCAUGAAAGCUAUUACCAAGGCAGUACUUGAUAACAGGGCUGAUUUGGGAAUCAUCUUUGAUACAGAUGUUGACAGGUCUGCGGCUGUGGAUUCGAGUGGUCGUGAAUUUAACAGAAAUCGUUUGAUUGCUUUAAUGUCCGCAAUUGUUUUGGAGGAACAUCCUGGGACCACUAUUGUCACAGACAGUGUAACAUCAGAUGGGCUGACAACAUUUAUUGAAAAGAAACUAGGAGGGAAGCAUCAUAGGUUCAAAAGAGGAUACAAGAAUGUUAUUGAUGAGGCUAUUCGUCUGAACUCUGUUGGUGAAGAAGCACAUCUGGCUAUUGAAACUAGUGGACAUGGAGCUCUCAAGGAGAAUCAUUGGCUUGACGAUGGUGCAUACCUUAUGGUGAAGUUACUGAAUAAGCUUGCAUCAGCUAGAACAUCAGGACUAGGCGGAGGAAGCAAAGUCUUAACUGACAUGGUGGAGGGUCUUGAAGAACCAGCUGUUGCUGUUGAACUUAGACUAAAGAUUGAUCAGAAUCACCCAGAUCUUCAAGGAGGAUCCUUCCAUGAUUAUGGUGAAGCAGUGUUAAAGCAACUUGAGAAUACAGUUGAAUUGGAUGCGAAGCUUCUGAAAGCACCUGUUAACUAUGAAGGGGUUAGAGUUUCUGGAUUUGGCGGGUGGUUCCUUCUAAGACUCUCACUACAUGACCCUGUUCUACCCCUUAAUAUUGAGGCACCAAGCAAGGAGGAUGCUGUAAAACUUGCUCAUGAUGUGCUUAAUGCUGUGAAAGAGUUCACUGCUCUUGAUACCUCCGCCUUAACUAAGUUUGUCGGAGUAUGAGUGUGCAUUGAGUUUAUCUGUCAUCUCGACGAUCAUCAAAAUUUGGACGACUUGACCUCAGUGCCGCUGACAUGUUGGAUCUUUGCAAAUUUUGAACCUCUACCAUAGAAAAGUGUUUUAGUAAAAAACAAAUCAAGAGCUGUAUGCAAUAAAGUUACAGAAUCUGUCUGUACAGAGAAAAAGACAAUUGUGGUUGUUUUGUUUAUGGUAGUAGUUUUGGUGCAUCAUUUA